CGCCCCCCCCCCUUUUUGCCCCCCUCUUUUGCCCCAUAGGGGAGUGUGUGAUCGCGCUGAAGUCCAUGAUCGGCAGCACGGCGCAGCAGUUCCUCACGUACCUGUCGCAUCGCGGCGAGGAGACGGGCAACAUCCGCGGCUCCAUGAAGGUGCGAGUCCCUGCAGAGCGACUGGGCACCCGCGAGAGGCUCUAUGAGUGGAUCAGUGUCGAUAAGGACGAGGCUGCAGCUGGCAAAGGCAGAGCAGCGCUGAGCAGCAGAGCAACGCAGGAGUGUGCAAAGUCCAUGGUCCGGAAGCCCCCCGGGGUCGAUCCUCCCCCCCCCUCCCCAUCGAAACCCCCCGAGGACCCUGAGAAAUGCAGCACAGCUCCCACCCCCCGACCAACCCCCCCCCACCGCGGCACCAACAGGGACGAGGCCCCUCCCAGCCGGUGA